UUUUAUGGAGCAAGGGAGAUAACGCACAAGACCUUUUAAAUUCCAACAUGGCUACUUACGCACUACCAUGUGUUUUAUCGCGUCAUAUAAACAAACAUCGACUCAGAGCCGUCCGUGCAGCUUUUCGAACGUUUUCACUUUGUAGCAGUCAUAAUGCUAACAAGAUGUCAGCUGAAGAAUUUGAAGAACUUCGUCGUCAAAGAAUGGCUCGAGGUCUUCCUAAAAAGAAGCCAAUCGAUGGAAUUAAACAUGUUAUUGUUGUAUCUUCUGCAAAAGGUGGUGUUGGCAAGUCAACAACUGCAGUCAAUCUGGCAUUGGGUUUAGCUGCAUUAGACAAGGACAAAACAGUAGGCAUCCUUGAUGCUGAUAUUUUUGGUCCAUCAAUUCCUAAGAUGAUGAAUCUACAAGAAGAACCAGAACUUAAUCAUGCUAACAUGAUGAUACCUCUGAAAAAUUUUGGCAUAAAAUGCAUGUCAAUGGGAUUUUUAGUUGAUGAAAAGUCUCCAAUUGUAUGGCGAGGUCCAAUGGUCAUUUCUGCCAUUGAUAAAUUGCUCAGACAGGUUUCAUGGUCUAAUACUGACUACCUCAUUGUGGACAUGCCUCCAGGAACAGGAGAUAUACAGCUUUCUUUGACUCAAAAUAUACCAAUUGCAGGAGCUGUAAUUGUGACCACUCCUCAAGAUAUUGCUUUAAUGGAUGCUAGGCGUGGAGUAGAGAUGUUUGCUAAAGUGAGUGUUCCCAUUCUUGGAAUCGUACAGAACAUGAGCAUACAUAUUUGUUCCAAAUGUGGACAUGCAGAGCAUAUCUUUGGCAAGGAUGGUGCCCAGAGAAUGGCCACAGAGCUUGGCAUUGAAAUUUUGGGAGAUGUUCCUCUUCAUAUUGAUAUUCGAGAAAAAAGUGACAGUGGUUCCCCUAUAGUUGUAUCUAAACCAGACAGCCCUCAGGCUAACAUUUACAAAGAUAUAGCUGCAAAAUUAGCUCAGAAAGUUUCAGAAGCAAAUUGAUAUUAAAUUGUAUUUGUCAUUAUACUUAGGUAUAACAAUAUUAAUGCAAUCUGUUGCAUGGUUUGUGUUUCUGUUUCAUUUUGAAACAUUUAUUUUCACAUAGUAAGAACCUUCUUAGAACCAUUGUGGUGCUAUAUGUUUCAAUACUGAAUGGAAAACUUAUUUAACAAUUUCAAGCAUUGUAACUACCCACUAUAUUUGUAAAUAGCAGGCAUAGCUGUGUGGUUAAGAAGCUUGCUUUGCAACCACAUGGUUUCAGGUUCAGUCCCAUUGUGUAGUACCUUGGGCAAGUGUUUUCUACUAUAACCCCAGGCCAAAAUAAGCCUUGUGAGUG